AUGUUUCAGUCAGACAAUGUAGAUUCUCUGAAAUUGUUGUCAGAACUGACUGGAUUACUAUUAAAUUAUUUGUCGAUUUUGAUUCCCCCUGAACGGUUACAGAGAGUUACACAAGAUGAGUUGGCCACAUUCAAUUUCAGAGACUGUGUUAUGAAUACUAGGGGCAUUCACUUGGGAUAUUUGUUUGUGGAGGAAUCUGCGAAUGUACCUAUACAAGAUUUAAACAUCAUUAAAGAAAGAUGUACUCAGUGUCUUAUUCGUCUCUGUGAAGAAAUCCAAAUGCGAUUACCAAACAAUAUUAAAUUAUUAGAAAAAAAUUCAAUUUUCUCGCCCCAAAUCGCGACAAGCCAAGUAAGACCUAAUAUUGAAGAUAUAGUUGUUGGUUUCAAGGAUGUGCUUGGAGGAGUGGAAAAUGUUGAUGCGACGCUGCAAGAGUGGAGAAUUCUACCUCUUCAGCAAUGGAAAAAAACCAAAACAGCUGACGAGUUUUGGGGAGAAGUGUUGUCAUACAAAAAUGCUUGUGGCGACGCAGCUUUCUUUAAUUUAACAAAACUUGCCACGGCUAUUUUAAGUUUGCCAUUUUCUAAUGCUGCUGUAGAACGGGCGUUUUCUAUGAUGAACAUCGUCAAAAAUAAAUUGCGAAACAGAAUGCUCACGAAAACCGCAGACCAUAUAAUGAGUGUGAGAAGUGCCUUACAAGACCGCGGCGGGUGCACAAAGUUUGAGCCAAGCACUACAAUGUUGACUUUAUUUAACUCUGAAAAUGUGUAUCAAACGGGAGAUGAAGAGAAUGUUAAUCAAGUACUUGCUAUUUUUAAUGAAGAUUAA